AUGAAGAUGCGAUCACCGGAACAAGAAAUUUAUUUGCCUGACGUUUCGGAUCCUUACUCGAAUCCAUCAUCAGAGACAUUAGCAGAUAAAGGUGAUUGUGGCACCAGGAGUGCAGUAUUUAUAGCACGUGGCUGCCGUGGGACCGCAUGCGCACUGCAAUUAACAGUUCUAGUUAUCACCGCUGGGGCUGUAAUUGAUGCGGACACUCCAAACUACGGACUGGCAAAGUGGCUGUUACAACGUCUCAAGUUUCUGACCUCCGAUUCGAACACCACAGUCAGCUCGUCAACGCAAUUCUUGGAGAAACUUAAAGGAGUAAGUCUCCUGCCAAGCGAUAUCAUAGUUUCCUUUGAUGUCACGUCCCUUUUUACUUCUAUCCCGCAGGACCUGGCAGUCGAGACCAUCGAACUACUCCUACGAGCGAAAUACGACGAAACGGAGAAUCGCCUCGGACACGCCCAAAUCAUCCAGCUCCUGAAGUUCUGUCUCAAGACGUACUUUACGUUCGACGGAACAAUCUACGAGCAGGUGAAGGGAACGCCAAUGGGUUUGCCGAUUUCGGGACUCAUAGCCGAGGCGGUCCUACAACGGCUGGAGUCGCUGGUUUUCCGACACCACCAAUUCUGGGCUCGGUAUGAGGAUGACGCCUUCGUCGUCAUCGAACGGGAUCAGGUGCUGACGUUCAAAGAACAACUCAACGCCGUCUUCCCGGACAUCCAAUUUACGAUGGAGGAGGAGGAAAACAAUCAGCUGGCCUUCCUGCAUGUCCUCGUCUACCGCAAAGAUUGUGGUGGCCUAAAAAUCAAAGUGUUCAGGAAAGCGACAAAUACGACGCAAAUACAGAACUUCAAUAGCAACCACCCGAUCAGUCACAAACGCAGUUGCGUAAGGGCGCUAUACCAGCGCGUUGAGACGCACUGCAGUGAAAUGGAAGACAAGGUUGCUGAACUACAAUAUCUUCGACGGGUAAUGAGAGCCAAUGGUUACCCGCGCAGCUUUGUCAACCAGUGCAUACGAAAAGGACACCAGAGACCAAAUCCAACCGGACCCAGAUUUUGGCGGGCUCUUCCGUACGUGAAGAAGGUCUCGGAAGCCGUCAGUCGUCUUCUCACUCCACUUGGAGUUGGGGUUGCACACAGGCCGGAAGCAACCAUUAGACGCCAAAUCAUGAGGCCAAAAGACCCGCUGCCACGGCAGGACACGUCUGGAGUCAUUUACCGGAUCUGGUGUAGUUGCGGACAAAUCAAUUAUGUCGGAGAAACUGGGAGAUUACUCCGUACGCGAAUUGCGGAGCAUGCAGCAUCAGUGAGGCGGGGAGACGCUGGCUCUGACGUGGCGGCACACUCGACGGGACCCGGCCAUAUUUUCAAAUUUCAAGAGGCCGAAAUCCUCGCAAGGGGUGACAACCGCUUGAGCCGCGAGCUGCUCGAGUCCUGGUUCUCAGGCCCGCAAUCCAUUAACAAGCACAAUGACCUCCCCGUACCAUAUUCCGUGCUGCGGUUUUCUCUGGGCAGGAGAAUCAGUCACGUGGGGAGGGCGCGGGCGAGCAAUUAUCACAGUGACAGUGAGCCAAUUUGCCGAGCAAUCGUCACACCAGCAUCCAGCACGGAUGACGAAAUCACGGCUAUUAACGACUCGGACUCGAACCGACAAGCCACCACCGCAUCAAUUACGGCCCCAGUGGUGAUUACGAGAACUGUUAAUUGCAGUGCGCAUGCGGUCCCACGGCAGCCACGUGCUAUAAAUACUGCACUCCUGGUGCCACAAUCACCUUUAUAUGCUAAUGUCUCUGAUGGUGGAUUCGAGUAA